AUGUCGACAUCAAAAGACAAGCCGAAAGUUUAUGUUAUUGUAAAUAAAGCCUUAUCGGAUGCAAAACUGCAAUAUAGCAGUGUGGAACAAGCGGCGGUUGCUUACCUGUAUGGUGGUACCUGUUGUGGACAACGAGCACUUUACGAAAUUGGACUUACCGGAAUUCCUAUUUACAAUGUGAACAAUGCGUGCGCAAGUGGUUCAACAGCUAUUUAUCUCUCGAAAUUGUGUAUUGAAGGAGGUCAUGCAGAUGUUAUGCUUGCAGUUGGUUUUGAGAAAAUGAAAGGAGGCUCAUUGGAAUCAAUGGAAAGUAUCGAUGGUCGAACGCAUUCAUUGGAACGACAUAUCGAUGUCAUUUCGAGCACAAAUGGCCUAGUACCUGUACCGCUUAUGGCUCAAAUGUUUGCUAAUGCUGGCCGAGAACAUAUGGAUAAAUAUGGAACAAAAAGAGAGCAUUUUGCUAAAAUAGCCCAAAAAAAUCAUAAACAUUCCAUUGAUAAUCCAAAUUCACAAUUCCAAAAGGAGUAUAGUUUGAACGAGAUUCUGAAUGCGAGAGUAAUUCACGAUUUUAUGGGUCUUCUGGAAUGCAGUCCAACAUCAGAUGGUGCAGCAGCAGUAAUUUUAUGUAGCGAGAAAUUCUUGAAAAAAUCUCCUCAUCUGUCGGCACAAGCUGUCGAAAUUAUAGGUGCUGAGUUUGGAACCGAUGAACCGUCGGUAUUUGCUGAACGUUCAAGUAUAAAACUGAUUGGCUUCGAUAUGAUACAAAAAUUAUCAACAAGAUUAUAUCAGAAGACGGGCUUAACACCAAAUGACGUGCAGGUAAUUGAACUGCACGAUUGCUUUGCACCAAAUGAAUUGAUUUCUUACGAAGCGCUUGGACUUUGUCCCGUUGGCAAGUCACUUUUAUUUAGUAAAGGUAGUCAAAUUGUUGAUAGAAAUGAUAAUACAUAUGGCGGAAAAUGGGUCAUCAAUCCAUCUGGUGGCUUAAUAUCCAAAGGUCAUCCAAUCGGUGCAACUGGUGUUGCACAAGUUGUUGAAUUAUCGCUUCAAUUACGUGGUCUUGCUGGUGCACGUCAGGUACCAAAUUGUAAAGUUGCAAUGCAGCACAAUAUUGGAAUUGGUGGAGCUGGAAUGGUAGCAUUAUAUCGUUUAGCUGUACCAUCUCCAACAAUUUCGUCAAAUGUAAAAAUUCCUGCAAAAACAGUCUUUCUAAGCGAUGCCAUUUUUGAUGAGAUCAAAGAACGUGCAAAAGUGGAAACAGAUUUACCAAAGAAAAUAAACAGCUCAUACAGAUUUAUUUUGACCGGGCCAGAUAACACUGUCAAGAAAUGGUUUGUUAAUUGUAAGGUGACACCACCGACUAUCGUCGAAAUGGGUGAAGGUAAUGCAGAUGUGGAAAUGUCAAUGAUGGAAUCUGAUUUUAUAAAAAUUGUUGCUGGAAAGUUGCGACCUGAUCAGGCAUUCCAGCAGCGCAAAUUAAAAAUUAAAGGUAAUUUGGCAAAAGCCAUGAAGCUACGAACAUUAUUGAAAUCGGCAACGUCUAAAGCCAAAUUGUAA